AUAUAGUCCCGUCUUCUGUGGUAUGAAAGACCACACUGCCGCUGAGGGACAUGACUGGAGGCGCUCAAAGGGAUUAGGAUCUAGGGAAGGCCUCUGAUACAGCCAGGCCUGGGCAAACUUCGGGCCUCUCUCCAGGUGUUUUGGACGUCAACUCUCACAAUUCCUAACUGUUAGGAAUUGUGGGAGUUGAAGUCCAAAACACCUGGAGAGAGGCCUGAAGUUUGCCCAGGCCUGGUGUAUUUCCCUCCACUCUAACACUUUGAAGCUUGUGGGGCGGGCUUCCAGAAGUGACGUUGCCGUGGCGUUGUUGUGGUUCCGGGGUCGGGCCCAUGGCGCGCUCUUGGCAGCUGCACGUGAGGCGGGGAGUCCGCUGGUGCCGAUUUGGGCUUCAAAAGAGGCGGAUGCACCUCUCUGAAUGAAGCCGGGCAGCGUUGGCUUCUGCUGUUGCAGGCAUCUUGGGCAUCCUUUAAUUGCAAGGACACUUUAGAGCUGGCUAUGUUUUCAUGGGUUUAUGCGGGAAAAAGAGAGUGUCGAGAUGACCAGUUUCUGGAUAGUUAAAAGGAGAAUUAAGGUGGUGUUUGGGAAUGAAGUUGUUACAGGUCUUUGCUGUCUGGCAAGUAGUGACAGAUUUUAGUUUUUAUCGAAUUUUUUAAAAAGCUUCAGAGCAAAGGAAGGGUUUAUGUUGGAAACACGGUUGUUAUGAGUCUCUGGGGUCUGACAAAUUGAAAUAAAGCCACUGAUCUUGAAGUUUGUAGAGACAAGGAAGCUCCAGAGCAAAGGAAGAGUCUUCGGGGUCUGGCAAGUUGCAAUAAGAUCACAAGUAUUGGAGCUUGUAGAGAUCAGAAAGCUACAGAAGGGUUUAUGUUUGGGAAUAAGGUUGUUAUGGGUCUUUGGGGUCUGGCAAAUUGAAAUAAUGUCACUGAUCUUGAAGUUUGUAGACUCCAGAGCAAGGCAUUGUCUUUGGGGUCUGGCAAGUUGCAAUAAUGCCACAGAUAUUGGAGCUUGUAGAGAUCAGAAAGCUACAGAAAGGUUUAUGUUUGGGAAUAAGGUUGUUAUGGGUCUUUGGGGUCUGGCAAGUUGACAUAUUGGAGUGUGUAGAGACAAGGCUCCAGAGCAAGGGAAGGUUCUUUGGGGUCUGGUAAGUUGCAAUAAGAUUGAAUAUAUCGGAGCUUAUAGAGAUAAGGCUCCAGAGCAAGGGAAGGUUCUUCUGGCUCUGGCAAGUUAAAAUAAGAUCACAGAUCUUGGAGUUUGUCAAACAAAGCUUAGUAUGCCAGCUCGGAGUGUGGGUAGGCGGCAUAUUAUUUUGUCACUUUUCUAGGAGAAAUGUGGCUCCCAGUACGUUCCUUGCACCAUUGGUGCCUUCGGGGGAGACGGGUCCUAUCCGGCCGUCAUCCUUGCAGACACUAUAAGAAGGAGACUCUUCCCUCACCAGAUGGGCCGGUCCCCCCUGCUUCAGUCACAGAGAUCCGCCAGUAUCUCAGGGCACAGGACAUCCCCUUCCACGACGGCUAUAGCUGCAUCCAUGUUCCCAGUGUUUUUGUUGAGGAGCAGCAGCAGGUUCGUCAUAGCUACACUCUCUUUAUUGACAAGACUACUGGGCGCUUUGUCUGCACUGCCACCUUGGUUGAAGGCAAUUGGCAGGACUUCCAGGCCAGCGUAGAGUUGCAGCAUAAAGGGGUGGCUGGGGGGAGCUUGGAGGAUAUUGACAAGCCGAGGGACCACACUGGGGAAGAUGCCAGGCAUAUCUGGGAACGAGCCAUGCCUCUUUGGGAGCUUCUUGAUGAGCAGGAGACCCAGGAAGCCAAGGCCAAGUUUGGGAUUUCCAGUAUCUCAAAUGCAACUCUGAAACGGUUUGGUGUGCGUUACUUAAGGACUGCUCAAGCUUUGGUGUUCCCAUGGUUCAGCCCUCGGGGCACCAGCCUGAAAGGGUUAAAGCUGUUGGGAGUUGAACGGCAAGGAGAGACAGCAAAUUAUGUGGAGAAUACCCUACCUCGCCCAAGUGCCUAUCAUAACCUCUUUGGGCUGCCGUUGAUCGGACGACGUGAUACAGAAGUGGUACUGACUGGCCGGGAGCUAGAUACUCUGGCAUUACACCAAGCAACUGGGCUACCCAUUUUGGCCCUGCCCCGUGGUAUUUCAUGCCUCCCCCCAGGCCUCCUUCCCUACCUAGAACAGUUCAAGCGGAUCACUCUAUGGUUAGGUGAGGAUCUCCGUUCCUGGGAAGCAGCCAAGCUCUUUGCCCGCAAACUGAACCCUAAGCGUUGUUCUUUGGUGCAGCCAAGCGACCAGCAACUCCAACCCUUAGAAGCUUUCACCCGUGGCUUGAACCUCACCAAGAUUUUGCGCUCAGCCUUACCAGCUGGCCACAAGGCCAUUAUUUCAUUUCGCCAGCUGCGAGAAGAGGUUUUGGGGGAGCUGGCCAACGUGGAGCAAGUAGCUGGAGUCAAAUGGGCACGUUUCCCAGAACUAAACAAGCUCCUCAAGGGCCACCGUAAAGGAGAACUUACUGUCUUCACAGGACCCACCGGCAGUGGGAAGACAACCUUCAUCAGCGAAUAUGCCCUGGAUCUCUGCAUGCAAGGAGUGAACACUUUGUGGGGUAGCUUUGAGAUCAACAAUGUGCGCUUGGCCAAGAUCAUGCUUACCCAGUUUGCUAUGGGGAGACUGGAGGAGCAGCUGGAUAAAUUUGAUGAAUGGGCAGACAGAUUUGAGGAUCUUCCACUCUACUUCAUGACUUUCCAUGGCCACCAGAAUAUCAAGACAGUGAUGGAUACCAUGAAGCAUGCUGUGUACAUGUAUGAUAUUACCCAUAUAAUUAUUGACAAUCUUCAGUUCAUGAUGGGUCAGGAACAGCUCACAGUGGACAGGCUUGCUGUACAAGACUACAUCGUGGGUACUUUCCGGAAGUUUGCCACAGAAAACAGUUGUCACGUGACUCUGGUCAUUCACCCCAGGAAGGAAGAUGAAGAGAGAGAACUACAGACAGCCUCAAUAUUUGGGUCUGCGAAGGCCAGCCAAGAAGCAGAUAAUGUGCUGAUUCUGCAGGACAGGAAGUUGGUGACAGGCCCAGGCAAGCGCUAUCUACAAAUCUCCAAGAACCGCUUUGAUGGCGAUGUGGGGAUUUUCCCCCUGGAGUUCAGCAAAACCUCCCUCACUUUCUCCUCCCCCAUCAAGGCCAAAACAGCCAAGUUGAAGAAAAUGAAAGACGACAACGGUGUGCCACCUAAGAAAGCUCCUACAGGUGGGGCUUCAAAGAAGCAACGGUCUCAAUCACCCAACCACACAACCCCAGAGACCUCUCCUAAUGAACCUGUCAAAACGUGAAGAGAUACAGAACAUUAUUCCAAAGGAUUGGAAGUCAGAAAAAUCACUGCCCUUUUGCCUGAUUACAGCAAGCAACAAAUGGACUUUCAGCAGAGAUAAUGGCUGAAUCCAUUCCUGCUCAUUUUUGCCUCUUGUUAGAAUCAAGUAUGAGAAAUCUUGGAGAGAUAGAUGGACAGUAGCAGGAUUUGUAAUAUCCUCUGUUAUCAAGCAAUAAGCCAGAGAAGAAACAGAUUUCUUCUCAUUUCCAUUCAAGUGGAAACAAAUGGACUGACAUCGCAUACCUCACAGGGAAGAAUCCACUGUGAUAGGCACAGAGAAGUGCCCUAUCUUGUGGUCUUCGGUCUGGCCUCUGGCCACAUCCAGUUAAUAUUUGGUUGCUGUACGCAACCAGUGAUGCACAAAAAGGCAUCAGAAUAGGAAUGUUGUUUAUAUGAUUGCUGCACUAAUAAGUGAAAAAAAAAAUAAAAAUGGUUGCAAGCAUGUAAAGUAUUACAUUAUUGGUUUGGGGUUGUAGGCAGGCAUGUAGCCGGGGGGGGGGGGGGGGGGGGGGGGCUUGAGGGGCUUCACCCCCGCCCCUGAAAUUCUCAGGGUGGUCUGCGAGAAGGCCUUACUGGUAUUAUUUAAACUGUUAUGUUUAUUGAUAUCAUGAUCUGAUCACUAUGCUCAAUAUAUCCCAUAUGCAUGGGGGUAUUGGGAUAACGAUACAAAAGGUUUGCUAGGGUAGAUCCUCUCUCACUCAGACUCAGCCCGCCCCCUCCCCCCUGGUUGUAGGUGCUGGUUGGACACUGUUAUACUCCUAUAAGGUUUUGGCCAUGCAUUCUGAGAAUUUUAGUUUGAAAAAUAAAUUCUUAAAUUCUGGUAGCACAUCUGCAUCACAAGACUGCUGGUUAAAACUAAUGCUAUGAGAGAAGUUUCGUUUUCCCAGGAUCCAGGAUUUUAGUGGAUAGAUGAUGGGUUGAACUCAAGAGGAAUCUGUGAAGCCUAGACAUAAAGGAGCCACUGAGUCAAUCCAGAUAUUGACAGAUGUAUCUGAGGCUAUGAAUUACAGGGUUAGAAUAAGGUAUCAGCUUGAAGAGGGUCAACCUGAAAAGCCUGCACUGCAAAGUACUUUUUGCCUUAUGUAUCUAUUGGGUUCUGAGAUAAAUUUUAAACUCGGUAUGGAUUCGGAUAUGGAGUGUGCUUAAAGACACCUUCACAUUAUUUAGGUAUUCCAAAGGUGGCUGUUGAGAAAUUACUAUUCUGAAAAUUGUGGCAUCAUGAAAAAGAACCCUUUCAAAUACUGCUAAUGGCUUUCUCACACAUUUCAAUUGAAAUGUUCAGUUGAUUUCAUUAUCUUAGCAGUUUCCUCUUGUUGCUGUUGUGUGACCUCAAAUUAAUUCCAACCUUGUUAAUGUUAAGGUGAAUCUGUUUUCUUGGAAAGAUUUGUUCAGAGGUUUGCCAUUGCUUUCUUCUGAGGCUGAGAGAGUGUGACUUGCCCACAGUUAUCUAGUGACUGAAUAGGGAUUUGAAUCCUGAUCUCUAGAGACGUAGUCCCAGUACUCAAAGCACUGACUACACCAUGCUGGCUAUAGCAGUUCUUCCUUUCUCAAUUUAACUGGAAUACCUGCAUCCAUCAUAUUUCAAUCCCUAGCCAUUUGUCAUGCUUAAUUUGUCAUGUGAGACUGACUUGGAAAUCAAGUGCAUUUCUUCAACUGUUGCAGCUUUUUAAUGAUUGUAGGACUUUUCUGUGGAGAAAUCUAAACUGAUUUGGUAUGACUUUAUACACAUCCCAGCAUUUUAGUAAUGCUUAAAUAAUCUAUGCAGACCACAGAAACUACACAUUACAUGGUGUUUUGUUAGAUGUUGUGUAAUUUAUUUAAUUAAAAAAAUCUUUUGUGCUUUA